AAAAGGUAAGAAAAAGAAACAAAACUCAGAAUGAACAUAGCAUCAAAACAAAACACAGCUGUAACAAUACAAAACAAACAGUGUCAGGUCAGCAUUCAACAACACACGGAAACAACGAAACUGAAACCAAAACUAAAAAAAGUCAAUAAGGGCAACCUUUGCCUUUUACAAUUCCAUUUCUUCCUUUCUUUCUUUGCAAAAACAAAACGACUUCAAGAGACGACUUUUUUCCUCUCUACAUAAACUGUUAUAAUACUAAUUUUCAUCAUCUUUUAUAUUCUAUCUGUUCUUCUUUCUGUUUUUAUCAACAAUCAAACACCACCCAGAUCUUCGUUUUCCUUUUUUCCGGGGGAAUUUUCAUUUUUAAUAGAAGAGUUAGAUGCUGUGUUAUAUACAGAAAAGUUGAGGUGGGAUUGGUGUAUAUAUGGAUAGUCUAUGUUGCUUCAGUAAGGCGGUGGGAGGGCGUUCUUCAUGCAACUCUGGCAAAGGCAAGGGCAAUCAGUCACCAGUCAAAUAUGGCUUUAGCCUUGUUAAAGGGAAAGCCAACCAUCCAAUGGAGGACUAUCAUGUAGCAAAAUUUGUCCAUUUCAAAGGACACGAGCUAGGACUUUUUGCUAUAUACGAUGGACACCUGGGAGACAGUGUACCAUCAUAUUUGCAAAAGAAUCUCUUUUCUAAUAUCUUGAAGGAAGACGACUUCUGGGAAGAUCCAUUCAUGUCAAUUUCUAAAGCUUACGAGUCAACAGAUCAGGCAAUUCUUACUCACAGUCCUGAUUUGGGGCGAGGAGGAUCAACUGCCGUAACUGCAAUUCUCAUAGAUAAUCAGAAACUAUGGGUCGCCAAUGUUGGAGAUUCACGAGCAGUUCUGUCAAGGGGAGGGGUAGCUGUACAGAUGUCUACUGAUCAUGAACCUAAUACGGAACGGGGAAGCAUUGAAAAUAGAGGCGGCUUUGUCUCAAACAUGCCAGGAGAUGUGGCAAGAGUGAACGGGCAGCUUGCGGUUUCUCGAGCAUUUGGAGACAAAAACCUCAAAACACACUUGCGAUCUGACCCUGACAUUCAGUACGCCGAUGUUAACCAAGAUACCGAGUUUUUAAUACUUGCUAGUGAUGGUCUAUGGAAGGUAAUGGCGAACCAAGAAGCCGUUGAUAUUGCAAAAAAGAUAAAAGAUCCACAAAAGGCAGCUAAACAACUAGCUACCGAGGCACUGAACCGAGACAGUAAAGAUGAUAUUUCGUGUGUUGUAGUUCGUUUCAAGGGUUGAAAGAGCGAGAGAACACACAUGCAUACAUACCCGAAAUUUUCAGGGUAUACAUAUAUACAGUCUACAUAUCAGGAUGCAAUUCCAUACUCUACAUGUAAAAUCCUUCAUCAGUUUGGAAUUUUUUCUUCAAAAUUGGUUUUGCUUCCUUCACUUCAUAUGUAAAAAAAUAUAAAAUUGAGUUUAGGUGGUGUGACAUUUAGAAUUUAUUGAUUUCUUGGUUGUGAUAUAGAUUCAUACAGCAUAAUUUUUCUUUGUAAUAUGCUUUGUUAUGGGAUUUAUUUUAAAACCAGGUGAGUUUAUGAUUAUAUACUAUACUAUGAAAGUUUAUUAA